AUGUCGCAGUAUUCGGGGAAGAUAAUUUUCUAUGAGGGCAAGUACUUCACGGGUCGGAAGCUGGAGGUCUGCGGGGACUGUGACAACUUCCAGGACCGAGGCUUCAUGAACAGGGUCAACUCCAUCCGAGUUGAGAGCGGCGCCUGGAUCUGCUUUGACCACCCAGACUUCCGAGGGCAGCAGUUCGUCCUGGAACGCGGCGAGUACCCUGACUUCUACCGCUGGAACGGCCACAACGACCACAUGGGCUCCUGCCGGCCGGUGGGAAUGCAUGGGGAACACUACCGUCUGGAGAUCUUUGAGGGUUGCAACUUCACGGGCCAGUGCCUGGAGUUUACAGAAGACUGCCCCUUCCUUCAGAGCCAGGGCUGGGCCAAGAACUGCGUCAAUGCUGUCAAGGUGUACGGAGAUGGAGCGUGGGUGCUUUAUGAAGAACCAAACUACCGGGGCCACAUGUAUGUGGUGGAGAGGGGAGACUACCGAAGCUUCAGUGACUGGCAGGCUCACAGCGCGAACGUUCAGUCCCUGCGGAAAGUUGUCAACUUCUUCUAACCGGACACGAUGCUUCUGCCACCAUCUUGGAGGGAUGGACCCCCGAAGGACCAUCCGAGGGCUGUCCUGGUCUCCCCAGA